AUGGAUUAGUAAGCGAUGACUAAUGCCCUUGGGAAUCUAAAGCGGCAAAACGAGCUUCGUUAGCAAUAAAAACAACAAAGUAGUAUUCCAGAUCAAUAAACUGAGAGUAAUGUUUAUAAUGAUGACUUUGAUGGCGAUGAUGCAAUUCUUAAUGUUAUAAAAACUGCCCAGGAUUAAAAACCUAAAUAAUAACCACAAGCAGCAUUGCCUAAAAGACCUGAAUCUUCAACUAAGAGAACUGCCUCAAUGCCAAAGAAGAAGCCCUACUAAUUUAAUAAGUUGAAUGAGGGAGAAAAAGAGAAAUUAUUCUUGGAUGUGUAUGAUGAGAAUAUAAAGCUAAAGGAAAAUUAGGCAAAAUUUGAAAAAAUGUAUGGGACUAUGGAAGUUAAAUUAUAAUAAAUGUAAAAAUUCAUGGGGAAUAAAACCGUUGGUGCAGGAGAAUCCAAUGAAUAAAAUAAUUAAUUAGCAUCGAAAGUCAAUAAUUUGGAAACUGAAAAUGAAAAAUUAAAAUAGAAGAUAUAAGCUAUUUCUUAAGCAUAAAGAGUUGUUGUGGCUCAUUAACCAAUGAAAAAAAAGAAAUUGGUAUAAGCAGAUAGACCAGAAAUGGAAUAGACUGGGAUAAGAGGAGGUUAGUUUGUGGAUUAAUAAAAUCAAAUAAAAUAAUUGUUAGAUUUAAAUGAUAAAUUAAAGAAACGAUUACUUGAAUAGGAAGCCUAAUUCAGAUAAUUGUAGGCAAUGAUGAAUUCUAAGAUUGUCAAUCAAUAGGAGUUAAGUUAGAAAAAUGCUUAAUUUGUCACUCUACAGGAGAGAUGCAAUAAAUUAGAAUCGAAUUUAAGUGGUAUGAGAUCAUAAUUGGAUGAUGAACGUAAAAGACAGAGCGAAAUCAUGAUGCUCUUAAGAGAGGAAAAAGAGAAGAAUCAUUUAUUGGAAGGAUAAGUUAGAUCCAUGGAGUUGGCAUAGAAGAGUGUUGUUGAUUUACAAGCAGAUUUACAAGAAGCAAGAAGAUAAAAGAAGGAAAUUGAAGAGAGAUUAGCAAUUCUAAUGGAAUCCCCAUUUUUUAAGGAAUACAAUGAAAGAGCUACUAUACAAGCCAAAAUGAAAGCUAUGGAACAGGAGUAGAUAAGGAAUUCUACAGAUUUAAAGAAUUUGAGAGAAACCAAUGCAAAAUUAGAAACAGAAAAUAGAUUGAAAAGAGAGGAUAUUGAGAAUCUCAAAAAAGAGUUUAAAAUACUAUAAGAAAGAAAUUAAGAAUUGAAUAUCAAGUUGGCUGAAAAAGAUUAGCAAUUACUUCCAUUUAAAGAUUUAAAUUAUUGGGAUAAUGAUUAAUUUUUAAAAGUGUUGGGUAAUUUGAAAUGGACUGGAGAAGAUCCUGCUUGGAGAAAAAUUGAAUUUAUAGAUCGUACUUAUUUGGAUUCUGAUGAUCCUGUUUAUUUGAGAAAGGAGAUUGAACACUUGAAACUUGAGAAGGGAGAAUUGGCUGCACAUUUAGAAAAAACAUAAACAUUACUCAAGAAUCAAUAGGAUAUCUAGAUGGAAAAAGACAAAAUGCAUUAAACUUAAAUAGAAUAAUUAAAGAUUGGAAUUAAAGGUUGCCAAUGA